AUGAAGCUCAAUCUUCUCAUUAGCCUCGCCCUCGCUGGCCUCACCACCGCACACACCGUCAUCACUUAUCCCGGCUGGCGCGGCAAUAACCUCAUUACCAACGAGACAUAUCCCUAUGGAAUGCAAUGGAUGUAUCCAUGCGGCGGCACGGGAGUCACCAAGAACCGCACCUACUGGCCCAUUGGCGGCGGCACCAUCGCCUUCCAGCCCGGCUGGUUCCGCGGCCACCUCACCGCGUUCCUUCAGGUCAAUCUUGGCUUCGGCUCCGACCCCAGCGCCAACAUUCACGGCGGCCCUCCCAACAUGAGCAACCCCAUGGUCCAUCCCUUCCAGAUUCUGGGUCCGACCAACAAUCCCUACCCCGGCACCGUCUGCCUCACCCAGGUUCCGUUGCCCGUCGGCGCAAACGUCAAGCCCGGCGACGAGGCCACCAUCCAGAUUGUCGAGACCGCCCAGCACGGCGCUGCCCUCUACUCGUGCGUCGACAUCAUCUUUGUUGAACAAGGCGACCACCGCAUCGCUCCCGUCAACGAGUCCAACUGCUACAACUCAACCGACAUUGGCUUCGCCGACAUCUACUCCAUCACCAGGAAAGAGUCGGGCUCCGACAAUUACACCAACGUCUCCGCCGCCGAGCGUACCCUCCACUCUGUAGGCUGGGCUGGCUGGACGCCCAUCCUGCUUGCCGCUGCCGCCCUGCUGGUGCUGUAA